GGUGCCGUUAGAUAAUGAAGGUUUUCGUCCGCAGGUCACGCUAUCAGUCACUCCCCUCUCUCAACAAUUUGCAUUGUGACAGACGAGCACAGUCCACUACCGUGUUGGCAGCCUCUCGCCCGCUGACAAGCAGUAAACGCUCACCAUGCCGUCCGAAAAAGUUCCCGACACCCCAGUAGAAGUCCUUGCGGAUCUCCUAAGGAAAGCCAAGGAGAUAGCUGCAGCAAGUAGCAAUGUGCCAGAGGAGCUGACAAGUCAUUUGGAGAAGGCUCUGGACAUAGCCAGCGGCCUGGAUGACUACCUGGAGAAAAUGACCACACAGGAAAGUGAACCUCUGGCACAGCUAUACAAAAAAACAAUUUCCCAUGACUGGGAUCAAGUGCACAGAGAGGGCAAGACUAUGUUCCGGCUUCCCAAGGAGUGCAUCACUGGACAUGUUGAAGGCCAGACCCUGAAGAUGCUGAUCCACAUGAGUCAAGUUAAGAGGGUCCUAGAGAUUGGGAUGUUCACAGGUUAUGGUGCGUUGUCCAUGGCUGAAGGGCUUCCUGAGGACGGCCGCUUAGUUGCCUGUGAGUUAGAGCCAUACCUCAAAGAAUUUGCCCAACCUUUUUUUGACAAGUCUCCACAUGGCAAGAAGAUUACUGUCAAGACUGGGCCUGCCAUGGACACUUUAAAGGAGUUGGCAGCUGCAGGUGAGCAGUUUGACAUGGUCUUCAUUGAUGCUGACAAGGAGAAUUACAUCAACUACUACAACUUUAUUUUGGACAACAGCCUGCUGAGAUUGCGAGGGGCCAUAUGUGUAGAUAACUCACUGUUCAAAGCAAAAGUUUACCUUAAAGACACCACAGAUAGCAACGGACUGGCACUUAGAAAAUUCAACGAGUUUGUCCGUAAUGAUCCCCGAGUGGAGCAGGUCAUUGUUCCUCUCAGAGAUGGCAUCAGCAUCAUCCGCCGGGUACCUGUGACCUCUGAGUGCUCUAGGACACAGAGUAAAAUAACAGAUGAUGAAGUUUUCCGUGGGGUCAAGGGGCGCCCCAUCCUUGAUCGGAUGCGUCUUGAUGGAAAGGUGGCCUAUGUGACGGGUGCUGGGCAGGGCAUAGGCCGAGCAUUUGCUCAUGCUCUGGGUGAGGCUGGUGCGAAUGUGGCCGUGGUGGACCUGGACCAAGAGAAAGCAGAGGCAGUGGCUGGAGAGCUCUUCCUUAAAGGCAUCAAUGCUUUUCCGAUCACAGCUGACAUCAGCAAAUCAGAUGAUGUCCAGAGGAUGAUUGACAGCAUUGUCUCCAAAUGGGGGGCGAUCCAUAUCACCUGUAACAACGCUGGCAUUAACAUGAACUCAGCCAGUGAAGACACCAGUCUAGAGGAGUGGGACCAAACCUUUAACGUCAACCUGAGGGGGACGUUCAUGUGCUGUCAGGCAGCAGGUCGAGUGAUGUUGAAGCAAGGAUACGGCAAGAUUAUCAACACAGCCUCCAUGGCCAGUCUAAUAGUACCCCAUCCCCAGAAGCAGCUCUCCUACAACACAUCCAAGGCUGGAGUGGUCAAACUGACUCAGACUCUGGGCACAGAAUGGAUUGACAGAGGAGUGCGUGUCAACUGCAUCUCACCGGGGAUUGUUGACACCCCUCUCAUCCACUCAGAGAGUCUGAGGCCUCUGGUGCAGCGCUGGCUGUCAGAUAUCCCUGCUGGUAGACUGGCUCAAGUGACAGACCUGCAAGCUGCAGUGGUCUACUUGGCAUCUGACGCCUCCGACUACAUGACAGGGCAUAACUUAGUCAUAGAGGGUGGGCAAAGUCUGUGGUAGAGAGGGUAGAUGAAGAGAUGAAAACUUUUUUUUUCUCCUUUUCACUCUCCUGGGAUGAGUCUCUGAAAUAGGUGGCAUUCACAUGAUCUCAUUUUGACACACUCUCAGCAGUAUUAGUUAAACUCUGACUUGAUCUUUAACUUUUGGUGAGUUAACAUCUGUUUCAUGGUGUAACGAGUUAACUGGUAGCUUUUAGUCCUCUGCAUGUCCUGUACAGGUUCUGUUUGCUGUAACUGUGGCACACUGAACUUCUUAGUGGAUGAAAAACACUGUAUCAUGUUAAAUACACAGCUAUCAGUCUUCUUGUCACACAAUGUGCUAACAUGUCCGAGGAAAUCUCUGUGAAGUCCAAAAAAAAAGAGAAAAAUGUUACUGAGCCUUUAAAUAUGUCACAAGUUCUGUCCUGUGAUUUUUUGACAUUAUACAUUAAAUGCUGUGAAAACCGCAACCAUUGUGAUAGAUGAGACUGUUACAUCUUAAAUACAUACCACAGAUAGAAAUCAAUCUUUUCAGAAUCAGAAUCUAAAAUACAUGUUUCCUUUUACCUGUAGUGUUCUUUAUUGAUCUAAAUUGUUUUGGUGUGAGUUGCAAAGUGCUGGAGAUAUCAGCUGUAGAGAUGUCUGCCUUCUCUCCAAUGUAAUGGAACUAGAUGGCACUCAUCAUGUAGUGCUCAAGUCAUCAAAAAAAUACAGUUGAAAAACUCAACAGCAAUGUCUCUUUCCAGAAAUCAUGACCUGGUUAGUCAAGAUAAUCCACAGACCUUGUUGUGAGCAGUUUCAUGUAGGAACUAUUUUCUUUCUACUAAACUACACCCACCAACAGUGUCCCUGCGCAUAAGGACACGUGCAUUUACUCUACUGCUAACUCACCUAGCACCACUGAGCUAGCUAAUGUUACAGCUCAGAAGAGAUGGACGCCAUUAAUGUUUACACCUUGUACUGUCAUGAGCAGGAGCCUCUUGUGGUGAUACAGUUGGCGGAUGUAGUUUGGUAGAAAGAAAAUAGUUACUAUAUGAAACUGCUCACAACAAGGUCUGUGGAUUAUUCGGAAUAAUCGGGUCAUAAUUUCUGGAAAGAGACAUUGCUGUUGAGUUUUUCCAAAUGUAUUUUUUGGUAGUUUGAGCACCACAAGCCGAGUGACAUCUAGUUCCACUAUAGUGGAGAGAAGUCAGACAUCUCUUUGGCCGAUAACACUCCUCGCACCUCACACCAAAACAAUCUAGAAUGACAAAUAGCACCACAGGUAAGAGGACAAAUAUGUCACACAUUGAAAUCUUGUUGUUUAUUAGUUUAAAUGUUCUUAUAAAAUGUACAGAAAGUAUCAGAAUGACUGCUUCAGUGAUGACGACCAGAUCACAUUCACCAGAGUAGGAUGCCAGUAAGUUGUUUUGUGCACCUUGACUUACCACUCCCUGUGGCCCAAGACUCUUGUGUACCAUAUGCAGGAUAACGGCAUCCCAGACUGCCUCUCUCCAGCUCUUUCUUGCCAAAUGGUCCCCACAAGUGGUGCUUGUGAACGCCAUCUUAAUUGCUCUAUUAACUGUUUGUGCGCUGAAAAACAAUACUUAAAGGAGAGGUUAGCCGAGGACGUGACCCCAGUCGCUGCAAUUAUACGGAAAGUAGUGGCCAAUUAGCGCUCUCUGCAAUGUGACACUGUUUGGUGUUUAUGUGAGCAACUUCAACUUCUCACUGUUAGUGACCGUUCUCUGAUUUACAUAAUUGAGGGAUUGGUCAUUAAUGGGAAUGGCGUGUGAGAGGAUCCCAUUAAGAUAUGGAGUGAGAUCUGAUCAUCUCCUCUGCUCUGUGCUAUUUAUCUCCAGCUGCAUUGGCACAUUAGAAAUUAUUGGGAUUCUUAUCCUCAUACUUAAUAGCGAAAUAUCGAAGUUUGCACACACAGUGUGCGCAUGUAAGGUCUUGCAGGAUGUGUUCACACGGAGGCAAAUUGUCUUAUGUAGGCCAUGUCCCUGUCUUGCCACUGAGGGGCAGUAUAAAGACAGGCAGCUACAGCACUGACACAAGGACAGUGUUACAACAAGAGGUUAUCACAUCAUUUGCUAUCAUCUAAAGGUAAUAACAGUGAACUCUGUUUUAGGUGUUUGAGAUAAAACAAGACCACCUCUCCAAUUCUAGUAUGCAAACAGCUCAGCAUGAGAGACAGUCAAAGAAAUGCUGAACAAAUACUCAUAUUUUCAAUUAAAUGUGGUUUGAUAGUAGACUGUUACAUUUCAAAUGCAUUAAAUAUGUAAUUCUAUCCAUCAUCUUGGAGAUUGGAGUAGCCUUUAAAGUCGACAGACAAUGAAGAGCAAAUAUGAAUCUGUAACAUGAGCUGAUAAAUUCCAAAAUCCAUUUGCAUCUACAGACCAAAUCUUUUCUUAAGACAAACAGGAUUCCAGUUAACAACCUUAGUGUUUCUCUCUUCCAUUUGUACUUUACUAUCCAAGUUAAAUGAAGGAGAAGUUGGUACAUUCUGUGGUUACUUUUGACAAUUACUACAGAUGAUUGGGAUUGUUGCAUCCCAAAGUGUACCAGAAGGGAUGCAAAAAGUUGAAACACACAGAUGAGACUAAACCUGCUUUUACCCACAGUCCUUCUGUUUGCAGCGGUUCACAAUCAUCAUUCAGUGCAGUGUCUAAACUGUUGUUUUGCCAUCAUGUUCUGCACCAUAAUAAACUCUUUCACAGCC